AUACGACCGUCCCAGAACGCAUCAUCCGGCUGGUUUAAAUGAAAUAAAAUCAGUGUGACACCAGAGCACGAGCUGCAGAUCACCUGUGAAGUGGGGGCUGACUGUGUUGUGAGUAUGUUUAGGUUUACGACCCAACACAGCCUGCACUCCCUGAUAACAGGACUUCCGGUGUCUGCAGCUGCUGAGGAAACGUUCAGGAAGUCGAAAGAGAGAGAAACCUGCUGCAGCUUCAGAAAACACAAAACUCAUUAAAACAUCAUCAGUGUGACGACACAAGUACAGAACAGGAGCAGAAAAAUGAAGCCGCUGCACAACCGCUGCAGUUCUUCAAACAGCCACUUGGGGCAGGCUCCAAAAGUGAGCCAGUCUCCAUCAGACCUACAGUUCCAAUGUGCACUUUCACAGCAGAAAGGUGUUGAAAGUGUGGCACAGAAAGUUUCUCUGCAGCUGAUUGGCCUGUUCACAAUGACUGCGCUUAACUCAGGUGUGACUCGCCUGCCUCUGACCCUCUGGAGUCACAGUUUAACCAACACAUCCUCUCUGCUCCAACCCCAGUGCACCAUGGGAUGUGCAGUGCUUUUCACUCUCUUCCUGUCCCUGGUGACAUCAUCAGUGUGUGCAGGAGUGGGCGGGGCCAGUCAAGGUGGCGCUGUGCUGUGUCCUCUGCAGUGUGUGUGCGAGACGAGGCCCUGGUACACCCCCCAGUCCGUGUAUCACCAGGCCAGGACGGUCGACUGCAAUGAACUCCACCUGCAGAGGGUCCCAGCCAACAUUUCAUGUGACACGCAGGUGCUGCUGCUGCAGAGCAACAACAUCUCCUCCAUCACUACUGAGCUGCAGAGUCUGGCCAACCUGACAGAGCUGGACCUAUCACAGAACCACUUCACACAGGUGAGCUCCAUGGGUCUCUCCUCUCUGGGCCAGUUGGUGACUCUGUACCUUGAGGAGAACCACAUUGAGGAGCUGGAGGACUUCAGUCUGAGGAACCUGUCCAGUCUGGAGGAGCUCUACAUCAACCACAACCAAAUCUCCUCCAUUGGACCCAAAGCCUUUGCUGGUCUUACCAACCUGCUGCGGCUCCACCUGAACUCCAACCGGCUGGUGGCCAUCAAUAGUCAUUGGUUUGAGUCCUUGCCAUCGCUGGAGAUCCUGAUGAUUGGGGAAAACCCCAUCCUGGGUCUGGAGGAGAAGAACUUCCUGCCUCUGUCCCGCCUCCACAGCCUGGUGCUGGCUGGGAUGGGAUUGGCCUCUGUCCCCUCUGCUGCCUUCCUUGGCCUCGACUACCUGGAGAGUUUGUCCUUCUAUGACAACCAGCUGAGGUCUGUUCCUCGUGAUGCUCUGAGCGUGCUCCCAAACCUGAAGUUCCUGGAUCUGAACAAGAACCCGAUCAUCCGAGUCCAGCAGGGGGAUUUCCAGAACCUUCAGCACCUGGAGGAGCUCAGUCUGAACAACAUGGAGGAGAUGCUGAUGGUGGAGCGAGCAGCUUUCCACAACCUUCCAGAAAUCGCCAAACUGGAGAUGUGCACCAACCCACGACUGUCCUACAUUGACCCGCAGGCCUUCAGUGAGCUGUCCUCCCUCCGGACUCUCCUGCUCCACAGUAACCAGCUCAGCCUCCUCUCAGGAGACCUCCUCUCCUCCCUCCCCUCCCUGGAGGAGGUGUCGCUUCACUCGAACCCCCUGCGAUGUGACUGUCUCUCCUCCUGGGGGCCUCACCUUGGCAACCAAUCACAUCUCAAGUUGCUGGAGUCCUCCGUCACCCUCUGCUCCUCCCCACCUCACCUGAUUGGUCGUGAGCUGCAGGAGGUGGUGGCAAUGGGGUGGGGUGGGGCUGAGGGUGAUGGAGGCGGGACCAACAGCUGCCUCCCUCACAUCUUGCCUCACUCCUUCCCACCUGCCAUGAAUGUCAGCGCCGGGCAGCCAGUCGCACUGGAGUGCUGGGCAGAUGCUGACCCCGCCCCCCAGUUCUACUGGGUGACGCCCACUGGAGACAAGGUGAGCUCGGAGGCCAUGGCUGCACCAAUCAUAUCAGAGGAGGGGCGUGGUCCAAGCAGGAAGAAGAAGAAGAAGCAUCGCGCGUCGGAGCCUGGAGCGUUGCUGAUCGAACAUGCAAAGCCGUCCGACGCAGGUGUGUACACCUGUGUAGCGUGGAACGCCGAGGGAGCCGACACCAGGAGCGUCUCAGUGUUCGUGGACUCUGUGGGCUGGUGGUCGGCUGGGGGGAAGCCCAGCAGUGAGCAGCCCUGGCUGGGAAACUCGUCCAGGCCUGCAACCUCUCUGGUGGUUCUGGCUAAGGUGGUUCACGCUCAGUCAGUGGUGUUGGAGUGGAAGACCCCCCCCCUGCCUCUGCCCCGCUGGAUCAGCGCCACCGUGCACAUCGACAGCCCUCAGAUCAGCUACACCACCAAGGUUCCAGUUGACGUUCAGGAGUAUAAUCUGACUCACCUUCUUCCUGCUACAGAGUACCGUGUAUGCCUCACCGUGUUGUCCUCCCCUCCCUCUUUCUCUCCCAGCUCCUACCCCACCCCCAUCAUCCCCUCCUCCUCCUCCCCCUCAUCCCCUGUCCACACUUCCUGUUUGAACGUCACCACGAAGGAGGCGGAUUUCUCGGUGGAGAUGGUGGCGUCGCGGCACAGCGGCGUGGCGUUGGCUGCAGUCAUGGGCUCCAUGUUCGCUCUGUCCAUCAUGGCGCUGCUGGUGGUCUAUAUGAGCCGCCGCGUGCAGCAGCACAAGUCCUGCGGACACUCGUUGAAGAAGUACAUCCAGCACGCCACGUCCAUCCCUCUGAACGAGCUAUACCCGCCGCUCAUCACGCUGUGGGAGAGCGAGGCCGAGAAGGACAAAGACGACAAAGAGGAGGGAGAGAGGGAGGGGGAGGCAGGGGGGAGUCAGAUCGAUACGACCAAGACUUACAUGUGGUAGCUAGAGAGGAGAUGAGGGUGGAGGUCUCAGUCAACAGAAAGAACCUAAGAGAGAUUUAUAGAGCGACAAGGAAGGAAAGAAGAGAAACUGGACAGAUGAAAGUUACCAGAAUGGACGGAGGUCAUGUGACUGAAGGCAGAGCCUGACAGACAAAGAGAUGGGUAAAACAACACAUGUGGCAGCUGAGAAAGAAAGGGAGGCGAGGAAGAGAGUGAACACCCGGUGGAUAAAAUCAUGCCACUUGACCUCCAUCAGUUUCACUGCUGAAGGUCCAUUCUGGUGUUUCAGCUCAUUAAUUAUAAAACUUUCAGAUUCCUGUUGAUCAGGUUCAAAUCCUCCUCCAGAAUGAGACCAAAUCAUGUGAAUGUGAAGCAGAAAACUGGUGUGAAAAUGGGAUUUGUGGUUUGAUGAGCUGCUCCAGUUGCUUUGUGUGGACAUGUUUGACAUCAGCAGAAGACGACGAUGUGAACAAUUCAGGUUCUGGGUCUCAAACUGUGGCUCGGGGGCUGUGAACUGGACUGUCAGCUGGUUUCAACAGGAUGACUAGAUGAAAGAUUUUCUCUUUUCCUUCCUUUGAGUUUUUUCUCUGUCCUCCUCCCAUGUUCUCCUCUCUACCGAGCACACUGACAGUAGCUGUACUUUCAAAAUAAAUUAUCAGCUUAUUGUAAUUUA